CUCGCCGUCCACCCCGCUGGCGGGCGCGCGCACCUGCGCUAUAUAAGCCGCUGGCGGGCAAGCUCGUCAAUCCAAUCACCCAACCAACCGCCUCUACAAGCGCAGCCCAGAUCUCGGCUCCUUCCCUUCCUCGAACCAAGUAUCAGCAAUGGCGACCACGGCAGCCGACGCCACGGCCGCGGUUCCCAAGGAGCAGCAGCCCGCCAACGGUUCCGCGGCCGCCACCACCGGCGGCGAGCAGGUCACGCGCCACUCCGAGGUCGGACACAAGAGCCUGCUCCAGAGCGACGCCCUCUACCAGUACAUCCUGGAGACGAGCGUGUACCCGCGCGAGCACGAGUGCAUGAAGGAGCUCCGCGAGAUCACCGCCAACCACCCAUGGAACCUGAUGACGACGUCGGCGGACGAGGGUCAGUUCCUCAACAUGCUGCUCAAGCUCAUCGGCGCCAAGAAGACCAUGGAGAUCGGCGUCUACACCGGCUACUCCCUGCUCGCCACCGCGCUCGCCAUCCCCGACGACGGCACCAUCUUGGCCAUGGACAUCAACCGCGAGAACUACGAGCUGGGGCUGCCGUGCAUCGAGAAGGCCGGCGUGGCGCACAAGAUCGACUUCCGCGAGGGCCCGGCGCUGCCCGUCCUGGACGCGCUGCUGGAGGACGAGGCCAACCACGGCACCUUCGACUUCGUCUUCGUGGACGCCGACAAGGACAACUACCUCAACUACCACGAGCGCCUCAUGAAGCUCGUCAAGGUCGGCGGCCUCCUCGGCUACGACAACACCCUCUGGAACGGCUCCGUCGUGCUCCCCGCCGACGCCCCCAUGCGCAAGUACAUCCGCUACUACCGCGACUUCGUCCUCGAGCUCAACAAGGCCCUCGCCGCCGACCAGCGCGUCGAGAUCUGCCAGCUCCCCGUCGGCGACGGCAUCACCCUCUGCCGCCGCGCCAAGUGAACCAGAGAACCCAUCUCCGCCGCUCCGCCAUAGAUGCCAAGAACAAGAAUUAAUUAAUUACUCCCCAUUUUGUCUUUCCUGCUCGCCUUCUGUACUCUACAUCUAUCUUCUGCAAUUCGUAUAAAGAUUUCUCCAGACAAAUGAUUAAUAAUAGUACUCCCCCCAUAA